CAUGAAAAAAGAAAACACGGAAACACAGGCGCGCUUUCAGAGCUGAAUAUCGCGUGCGUGUCGGCGCGCGGAGAUCGGACUAGUUCGGCUGAGAGAAACGCACCAAAACACGCAAAACACUCCCGGGCUGACUGUCGCCCCCCUUUUUUUAUUUCCCGAAGGUUUUCGCGUUUUCCUCCCCGCCAGGCAGCGAUCCGACCGCGACCGGGACCGCCGGUGGAACACCGGGACCGCGCUCCGCCGCGAGGAUGAGAGCAAACUAGAGUCAGACCGGAGACCGACGCUUUUCAGCUCCUUCCGCUGGAUUUAUUUCUCUGUGGAGCAAACGGAGACCGGAGCGGUGCGCAAAAAACACAAGUCUUCCACUCUCCGCACUUCUCUCCCUCCCUCUAUCUCUCCAUCUAUCAAUCUGCCCUCCUCCUCCUCCUCUAUCUGUCUAUCUAUCCCUGCGUUUGUUUCCAUGUUUGUAGGUCCGUGUGAUUUUGCUAAAAUGCAUCAUCAACAGCGGAUGGCAGCUUUGGGAACAGACAAGGAACUGAGUGACUUGCUGGAUUUUAGCGCGAUGCCAAACAGCGAUUUGAAAAUGUUCCCAACAUCCAUGAUGUUUUCCCCUCCUGUUAGCAGUGGAAAGAACGGACCAACCUCCCUGGGGAGCGGACAUUUCUCCGGCUCAAGUAUGGAGGACAGGACAAACUCAGCUUCAUGGGCCAGUGGAAGUCGCUCCUCCAAGAGUUAUGCUGAUGGCUCGCAGUACAUGGCGUCGCACGACAGCCUCUCCCCUCCGUACACCAACUCCAGGCUAACAGGUAAAACGGAGAGGAGCUCGUAUUCGUACAGCAGGGAAUCCAACCCGCACUGCCACCAGUCCAUACUGGGCGGUGACAUGGGUUUGGGGAGCCCCGGAGCGUCGUCGCCCACCAAGCCGGCCGGUCAGUACUACCAGCACUACAGCUCCAACCCGCGGAGGAGAGCGCUGCACAUGGACACGAUGGAGAUCCACACAAAAAAAGUGCGAAAGGUCCCCCCCGGCCUGCCGUCGUCAGUGUACGCUCCAUCUGCCAGCACAGCCGACUACAACAGGGACUCACCGGGUUAUCCCUCCUCCAAACCCCCAAGCGCUGGCUUCCCAAGUUCCUUCUUCAUGCCAGAUGGUCACCACAGCGGCGACCCCUGGAGCAGCAGUAGCAGCAGUAUGAGCCAGCAGGGUUACCAUGGCAGCAUGCUAGCAGGCGGGAACUCGGCCCACAGCUCCACCCAGAGCUCGUCCUACUGCGGGAUUCAUCCUCACGACAGACUGAGCUACCCUUCGCAUUCAUCUGCAGAUAUCAACUCUAGCCUUCCCCCGAUGUCCAGCUUCCACAGAGGAGGAGGUGGGGGGGGAGGCGCCAAUCACUACAGCACUGCCUCUUGUACAGCCCCCACCAACGGCACAGACAGCGUCAUGGCUAACCGAGCACAGAGUGGAGCAGCCAGCAGCUCCCAAACAGGAGAUGCCUUAGGGAAAGCACUCGCGUCGAUCUACUCUCCAGAUCACACAAACAACAGCUUCCCCUCCAACCCCUCCACCCCGGUGGGCUCGCCGCCGUCCCUCACAGCUGCCAGUUCAGCCGUGUGGUCGAGGAAUGGCGGGCAGGGAGCUUCAUCGCCAAAUUAUGAGGCUCCACUGCACUCUCUGCAAAGUCGUAUUGAGGACCGUUUGGAGCGUUUGGACGAUGCUAUCCAUGUUUUGCGGAGCCACGCAGUGGGACCAUCGACGGGCAUGGCCGGCGGUCACGGCGACAUGCACGGACUCAUUGGGGCUGCUCACACGCACAACGGCGCCAUGGGAGCUCUGAGCAGCGGAUACGGGACGGGACUGCUAUCAGCCAACAGACACUCCCUCAUGGUGGGCUCCCACAGAGAAGAUGGCGGCAGCGUGGGCAGUUUGCGUGGCGGACACUCGAUGGCGGGCCAGGUGUCGGUGCCCCAGCUGCCAGUCCAGUCGGCCACUUCGCCGGACCUCAGCCAGCCGGACCCGUACCGCGCUCUGUCCGCUGGCCUUCAGGGCCAGAGCGCCUCCUCCGUCAGCUCGGAGAUCAAGUCAGAGGAUGAGGGAGAUGAAAACCUCCUGCAGGACCCCAAAUCCAUGGACUCCAAGAAGGAGGACAUUGACAGCAAGGAUCUUAAAUCUAUUGAGAGGUCAAGAUCUAGCAACAACGAUGACGAGGACUUGAGUCCAGAGCAGAAGAUGGAGAGGGAGAGGGAGCGGAGGAUGGCGAACAACGCGCGCGAGCGCCUGCGCGUCCGUGACAUCAACGAGGCGUUCAAGGAGCUGGGCAGGAUGGUCCAGCUGCACCUGAAGAGCGACAAACCUCAGACCAAGUUACUGAUCCUGCAUCAAGCCGUGGCCGUCAUCCUCAGUCUGGAGCAGCAAGUUCGAGAGCGAAACCUGAACCCCAAAGCGGCCUGCCUGAAGCGGCGCGAAGAAGAGAAGGUCACCGUCGCUUCAGACGGGACUCCCCUCUCAUUGGCCGCCGCACACCAUGCCGCCGCUGCCAUGGGAGACGGACCAAAUCCCCUGGGACAAAUGUAAAAUGCAGCAACAUCUCCUCCCCCUGAAUGGUCCAAGGUGCCAGAGUUUAUCAAAAUGAUGAGCGACCACUUCCUCUGACGGAGUUUCUGUGACCACCUGGCAAUCGAUCAAACCCGCUGUUGCUUACGCCCGACCGAUCCUUGUCUCUGGAGUUUCGGCCCGACCAAUCCGUUAGCCGCGAUUCCUCCACUCAUCCGUUCUUUGAUCCUGCUUUUCGUCAUCUCCUCUUGGGUCUGUAGAGAAAACGAACUGCAUCCGUCGCUCUGCACCUCCGGCUGAAGCGAACCCCGAGGCUUCUUUCUUCACGGAGGCUUCCAGUCGGGACGCGGCGCCGGCAGAGCGGAACAUUCUGACGCAAAGUGACAGAAAACAGACAAAAAAACUCCUUGUUGUACGUGUUCAAUCAGCAUUCCCAGUUCUACAGAACAAAAGGCCGCGUUCCAUAUAUAUAUAUAUCUAUAUAUAUAUAGAUAUAUAUACUGUAUAUAUCUAUACAUAUAUAUAAAUAUAUAUAUGUUUAGAUAUACAUAAAAAGAAAAUGACAGACUGUGAGCAGGGUUGGGGAGGGAUGUUAACAGUGGAACAAAACAUAUCAUAAAGUGUUUAAAGAGAUUCUUCUUGAAGCAACACUGCGCAGCUGUGGACCGCAGCCCCUGAACGGCAAUCUGACGCCACACUGUGGACGAAGCUGUGCCUGAUCUCUUCUUGGAUGCAAAGUCAGAUUGAUGCACACAGGGAGAAGAGCAACAGGAAGGCCGCACACUCAGACACUCCUUUAGACACUCUCAAUUACAAACCGCUACAAAGAGGAAGAGUUUAGGGAGCAAAAUCUGCCACAACCUCCACAAAUGCUUGACUAUCAUAGACAGAGGCAGGGCUGAAGGAGAGGGAGGACCUGCUCUCUUCGUCUGACACAUUCCCUUUGAAAAGGCUUUUUCAUCAACAGUGUAAAAGCCGUCUGGAGAUCUCAUGUUUGAUUUGUUUUUGCGACCUUUUGCAGACCUGUACAGACUAGUAAAAGACAGAGAAACAUUUGAACAUGUUUGCGUCCAGAGGGCCUCUGAAUCCACUCAGAGGAAGAGCGGGCUCAGAAAGCCGACCUUAAAUCAAAAACCCGUCAACCUUCGAGGGAUGCUGUUGUAGAAGCUCCAUCAGACUCAGCUGAAGGUGUCCCUGCAGCAGAAAAACAGAUCAGCAGAGCAGAGCGUGCACCAUCAGAGUCAUCCUGAUUUCAGAAUGGCACUGUUUGAGUCCAGCACCUCUGUUGUGCAGGAGGACAGCUGCUCUGAAGGAGGUCCAGGCAAAGACUAGGGACUCUGGAAGGUCUGCUGGAAGCUGAUGUUCGAGGGGCAACAGUCCCCGGGGUGAGGGGGGUGUGGAGGUAUGGGGAAAGCAGGCCACGUGCUCGUCCUUCAGCUCUCUUUUUAAAAGUUUACCAAGGUUUAAGUCUGACAUCAAGACUCUUCCAAACCUGGGGAGAGUUCUGUUCGGGGGAGGCCAUCAUCGGGCUGAACUGGCCCUGGCAAACAUCUCAUCAGGAGCUGAGAGAGAGAGCUUUAGCACAAAGUGUGGCAGAGGAGCGUCGUGUUUCCCUCUGCACCUUGAAGGCAGCUCCCUUGGUUCUGAUGCUUCUAUGGUUUGGAAGUGAUUGAGGACGUUAGGGGUUCUAGUUUUUCUGGUUUUACCAAGUUCCCCACAGUUUGACUGACGGUCGGCACAGUAUCAGCAGGACUUUCCUGAACCCAGUGGGAUUUGAACCCUCUUCUGAGGGUUGGGUUUGUGGGUUUGGGUCUGGUGCUGCUCCCACGUUGUGACCCCAUCAGAUGAUGGCGUUAGUGUGCAGUUUCCCAUCAGCGUCAUCAUCAUCACAGAGUCGUUUCAGCCUGGAAGCCCCUCUUAUCUCAGUUUACCCCCCCAUCUCUGUGCUCUACAGACAUAAGCCUUAUGAGCCCUGAACCAGACCCCCACUCCAGCCCUCCGCUCCGCCCACACGCCCCACAGAUGCAAUUUGAACAUUCACACUUGUACCAAAGUGCCUUUUUAGAGUUCAUAUCAUUGGAGUUGCCAGAGAAGGACAUUAACCUGGUCUUUUAAUAGGAUGCAAGCUUAGGGAAACCAGUUCUUAGUCGCUAGGUUCUAUGCAGUCGGGUUUUUUACCAGACCUGGGAAUUUAAAAAAAGUUCAAAAGGAAAAAAAAGUAUUUUUUGGAUAAAAAAAUAAACUGUAUUUAAUGUACUGUAUGCUUAUAUGUAAGUAGACAGUGUGCUCUGGCUUGGAGCCAACAGAACAGACGCUUGAUUUAGCAAGAAUAGACCCCCCCCCAUGGUCCUCCACAACCCUGACCAGACUUUCCCGCUCCGCUCCCCCCUCCUUUUUCCAUGGUCUCUUCUUGUAUUAUAGCUUAUCAGCUUUUUAUGGAUAUUUGAUGGGCUGGUUCGUAAGCCAAUGUAGUCUUCAGUACUGUGUGUGGUCGUUCGUUGUAAAGCAGGUUUAUUUUCCUCUCUCUUGCUCUCUCUUUUUUUUCACGAAGACUCUUUUCUCUUAUUACUUUUUUCGUCUGUUCUGGUUUACAUGUCUAAUUCAGAAAAAAUGAAGAAAAAAAAAGGAAGAAAGAAAACAAAAACAAAAAAACGUCAAUAACUGAAAAAGAGAGAAAGAAGACACUCUACCCGACGGUCUAAAUCCCAACCAUUCGACAGGAAGGCACAGAAACUGGAAAAGAAUUUAUUUGAAUAAAUCAGUCUAUAUAUAAAUGUACAAAAAUAUAUACAGUAUAUGACAAGGGUGCCGAUUCUGUCUUUUCUAUUGUUCUUAUCAGUUGCAGAGAAGUGUUUUUUUUUGGGGGGGGGGACUGGUUUUGUCAAAGACUGAGCUGGCAGAAGUCAGUGCGGCCCCUCAGUGUUAGAAGUUAAAGGACUUUAUUGAAUUGUUGCCAUGACAACACCCUGCACGGGACACAACGGGACCGGAUCAGCUCCAAUCGACUGCGCUCGAUUCCAGGCAACAACACACAGACAUUUGUAAAUUGUAUGCAACAAAAUGGCAAACUUUACCAUUAUUUUGAAAUUGUGUACGUAAAAGUUAUAUUUUUACAUGUAGACUGUUUUGUGUUUUAGAAAUACGUUGUACGUUGUUUUUUUUCCCUCUUUUGUUAAAAGAUGAAAAAGUAAAGUUCAGUAUGUGUUUAAAAAAUGUCACAUUGAAACUGUAGUGAGGUCAAGAAUUCUGAAACGUUUUGCUUUGUUUUUCCACGUUUCUGUGUGUUUGAGCUGUUUUCUGGAGGGUUCAGUGGAGCUGUUCAAUCGACGACAAACGCGUUCCUUUCCCUUCUACACGCCUCAUAGCAUUACCAGGUCAGUUGGAUGUUUUUUGCUGUGUAAAUAGUCCUCAUGCAUUUUCCGUGGGGUGAAGAUCUGUCAGUGAGACACGGUGAUGAUGAUGAAGAACAUGUUACAUUUGUUGGUGAGGCCGUAUCUGUCCCGGUACAGAAGGCGCGUCCCAAUCUUUGGUUUGGAUCAGUGGCGCUCAGUAGUGUUAGUGCUUCUGGUUGCCGACCAUCUAAAGUGUGAGUCAAGGCAAGCAUCGCUUGUGCCAGAUCAGCCGUGUUUUUGCGCCACCAGAGCGAUUUUUAUCAAUUUUCACCAGAAAAAAACAACAACAUUCAAGUAAGGGGUCAUUGAUUUUUUUGCAAUAUUAAAACGUUACCAUUUAUAAAAGUCUUUUGGAUUUUUUAGUCAGAGGAUGUAACAAAAGUAACUUUGGUACCCAAAGAAAUGAAUCUGUCCUGGCGGCCCCUGGUGGCGGAGAGUCAGCUGUGACUUCCAUGCUUUUAUUUCCUGUAGUGUGGGGUAAGGGUUGAUGACCCUCAGCGCCUCAGUCGACACCAACGUUUUGGAAAAGAUUGGAGCGUGGCUGAUAACAAGGAGAAGGUCGUCUGCAAACAAUCUCUUCAGCUAUUUCCCCAAAAAGAGAUCACAUCAUGUUUUGUGCAGUUUCAGUCCUUUCAGAGUGUUUGCCAUUCAAAACCAGCUUUUUGUCAAAAGGAAGAGCUGCUCUGACGCGGACCUAGGUCAAACACUAGGACUGACUCUGUCAAUCAAAGUGCUCAAAUGUAUUUUUGAAGUUUGUUUUUUUUGCAAUGUUUCAUUUCAUGUUUUCUUUGUUGUAUAAUCAAGUCAUCUCCCGAAUAACAGUAUCCUCGUUUUUAUGUUACCCGCGGUGUUUCUAUUAGCCAAAAUGUUGAUGAUUUUUUCUUUUUCCUACCUGUUGUACAUACACGCCUCAUUUCUCUUUUUCAGUGACUGUGCCAUGAGCUUUGUAAUCUGUUACUCUGUACAAGUUUAACUGCAAUAAUGAGUUGAAUUCAAAAUGGCCA